CUCAUUUUUUACCCAAAAUCAAGUGUUUGACACCACGAAGGUGUUCCUGUAAUUACCACCAACACCUAGAAUUGUCGUCUGCCCAUUCAUUGCGUGUCUUCUACUAAAAGAAAUAUCAGGUUUUUUGUUUUUUGUUUUAAUUGUUAUAGGGCAAAAAAAGAAAUCUCAGUUUAGCUUUCUUGCUCACAUACUUGAAUCCAAAGGGACUUAAAAAUACGCAAAAGGAACCGUUUAUCUUUAACAGUGAAAAUGGAUUUGUCUUUGUUCUCGGAUAUUAAAUCGUCAAUCAAUAAGGAAGCUAAAAGUCAACCUUCUUCCAAAGCCAACCGACCUUCGAAGAAGGACACAAACAAUCCAGCAAAAAAGAGAAAAGAGGAAAAAGAGAGAGCUCCUUCUGAUGGUAAAACGAACAAGAAGGAACAGAAAAGUGUUGAACAGCGCCAAACCAAAAAAGUAAAAAAGGAGGAUGAAACAUUGCUAAAGGAUAUUUUGGAAUUAGGAGGAUCCAAGAAGGAUUUGGAACUAAUCGACGACGCUGGAAGUGAUGAAGAGAUUGACCCAAGACAGGAAAAUAAUAAAUCCUCCAAGGCAGGUGAUAAUGUUGAUCCUAAUCUUUUACAAGAUUUAUCCAAAUUUGCCAGUCAGCUAGGAUUCGCUCAGAAUAAGUUUGAUGAGCGCGCUUACGAUUCAGAAUCUGACGAAGACAGAAGCAGCGAAGAAUCAUCUGUGUCUCCAGAUUCGGACGUAGAAGUAAGUGGACAGGAAGAUGAUGCUUCCGAUCAGGAAAGUGAUGAUGAUAAAGCCGAGAAAAAAUAAGCCAACAAGUCAUAACAAUGGUUAUAGAAGCCCUUGUUGGUUCCCUUCUUUUAUGUUUCUUUCGGGUCUUUUGUCUUUAUUGUUGACUCGUUCAAUUCAGGGCUUACUUUUCUUUCGUUCUAAGAAAACUAUUCUUUUACAGGUUCUAUUUUAGGGUUACUAAUUUUUAUUUCUUAAAAUAUGUAAUUUAUUCGGUCCAUUUAAUGAAAGGUUUUGGAAACAGG